GGAAAGCGGCGUGCGAGGGGGGGCAGGUUUCCGGCCGACGAAGCCAAUCCCGCAGCGUCGCCGCGAGUAGCACGCACGGAGUGGCACGGAGGCCCGCGACUCGCUCGCCAGUCCGCGAAAAAUAUUCCGCCGAGAGUGAGAAAAUUUCCUUUCCCGCGUGAAAAACCCCCCAGCGCGGAACCCCGUGCGUGGAAAAGCUCGCGGUCGGGGCCAUGUGAUUCCAACGUGUGUUUAUUUACGUUCCUUUUUUGUGUGCGCGCGUCGGGGUGUUCCAAGGUCGCCAUGGAUCUCAGAGCCAAACGACAGGUUCCGGAAAAAAUAGCGAAAGGCACCAACAACACGCCUUUGGAGAGACAGCUGAUUGAACUAGUCCACAAACACCCACAGCUGUACGACACAGGCCACGAACAUUACAAGGACAUAGAGAAAAGGGACAAGAUCUGGGGUGAAAUAGCGGAAGAAUUGGAUCUGUCAAUGCCUCAAUGUAAAUCAAAAUGGAGGACUCUAAGAGAUGCUUUCGCCAAGCAGUACAAAUUAGUCCAAAGAAGUCAAAUCACGGAGGAUUUUUCCUGCGUUAGGUUCAAAAACUAUGAGCAACUUUCGUUUCUCAAAGCCUUCAUUAAACCAAGAGACCCUGUGAUAACGGAGGACAUGCUGCGGGCCGGCGGGCAGGACUACCACCUGAGCCUGACCUACAACCUGAUGACGGGCGCCGCCUCGGAGGACGCCCUCCUGGACGACGCCGACAAACCGGACGUCCUGGUCAACGGCGACCAGAGCAUGGACACGACGGCCAGCUCGGACCCCAAGCUCGACGCGUCCUCGGACGUCAACGUCAACGGCUACUCGACCGGCGGCGGCGCGGCGACGGAACCGACGUGGGACGACCCGAACGAGGACGAUCUCCUCCUCUUCAACGAGCCGCAGGUGAUGCUCACGUCGUCGGACACGUCCAUCACGACGGAGCGGCGGCGGACGGUCCGCGGGCACGCCGUCAACCUCAAGAGGAAGAUGGACGUCGAGGAGGACCCCAUCGUCGUGUUCUUCAGGUCCAUGGGGGACGUGGCGCGGUCCUACGUGAAGGAGAUCCAGGCCGAGCUGAGGGAGAGGGUCCUGGGGUUGAUGCUCGAGGCCGAAACCAAGAACUCCAAGCUCCUAAAGAAGGGCAAGGGGAAGGACGCCAGGAACGACGCGAACUCGUAGUCGUUCCGCGGGGGUUUCUCGCUCAGAAAGUCGGAGAGAGGAGAUCCUCUUUGGUAUUCAGAAGUAUCGUGAAAUUUCGCUUACGAGAUUAUGUAUAAUUUUCACUGGGGCACCUUUAUAGGGAGAGUAUGGACUUGUCUCUGGUAUGGACACGCAGUGAUCCGAUAUUAAAUCCCUAGCGGGGAAGAAAAAAAAUCCCGAAAUCCCCAGAUUUGCUCAAAUAUCCCCAAAAUAUCCCUAGAUUUUGCAAAAGACCGCCAUUUUUUACGUAGAAUCAUGACGUCAUUCGAUGUAUCGAUUUGCAAUAUUUAAAUCUGAUUGGCUCGUUUGAAUUUUGCUGCUCUCUGAAAGCAGUGCUAAUCCAG